CCCUGUACUAUGUGGAAGUUUCUUCUUAUUUUCUUAAUUCUAUUUUUAUUUUCAACCGCAUUUCAGUUUUGCGCAUGUAAUUUGGUGUUAUAUUCACUUUAUUCGAUGCAUAAAGUAUAUUCACCUUUAGCUGAUCUCAAGUGUUGUUUCUAAUCUUGAAAUUCACGCUUCAAGCUCUUUACUUAAAAAAAGGAAAGGAAAGAGCUUUUCAACGAGAUGUGUUUACUUUUUCAGGAAUAAAUUAAGAAAAUUUAGCUCGAGUACUCAUCCACUAAGAAUAAGUUUUGCCGCAUUAUUAGUAAUUUUUGUUUUGCAGUUAGAAUUGAGUUGUGAUGGUGUCAUUAACAGAUCCUGCACUUCAUAGGUUUUAAGUAGUUUCUUGGCGAUUUUCUUUUUUGGGGUGUUAGAAAAGAUUGUAUGGUAAUUUGAAGGAUUAUGCUUUGUAUUUGUUUGAACUUGAGAAGAAGCGAAGUUUCCUUGCCAUUCAAUCACAAGCCCUAAUCUGAAGUAUCGUUUCAGUGCCAGUGAUAAACUAUGCAAUGGAGUCCUGAGGUACUUUAUUUCUUAAGCACAAUGGCUGUUUCUUCUACUAGCCAACUGCCUUGCCUUUUGGGGUUGCAAGAAUGGUCCAUUGAGUAGCUGUGCAUUAAUUUCUUGCAUGGGCAUUUUGGGAAAGUUUUAACUAUGGUGAUCUCACCUAUAAUGUGAUUGGAGUAGAUUUAGCAGAGUGGGGGGUAACACAUGGGGGCAAUUGCUGCGGAAGAGUUGAUGAAUUGGGAGAAGCUGCAAGGUCCGGGGAAUGGAAAGGAAGAGAAGAUUUUGGUGUUAGUGAGGUUAAGGCCUUUGAGUGAGAAGGAGAUUGCACAGCCUGAAGUUGCAGAUUGGGAAUGCAUCAAUUCAACCACCAUUUUGUACCGAAACAGUCUUCAGGAGUGUUCUGGACUUCCCACAGCUUACUCAUUUGACAGAGUAUUUAGGGGUGACUGCACAACAAGGGAAGUUUAUGAGGAAGGUACGAAGGACAUUGCUCUAUCAGUUGUUGGUGGUGUCAACUCAACUAUUUUUGCAUAUGGUCAAACAAGCAGUGGAAAGACAUACACUAUGAAUGGUAUUACUGAGUAUGCAGUGGCUGAUAUAUAUGACUACAUACAGAGGCAUGAAGAAAGAGCAUUUGUUCUGAAGUUCUCCGCAACGGAAAUUUAUAAUGAAGUUGUUCGAGACCUCCUUAGCACGGAUAAUACUCCAUUAAGGCUCCUGGAUGACCCGGAAAGGGGGACUAUUAUAGAGAAACUCACGGAAGAAACUUUGAGGGACUGGAAUCAUCUGAAGCAAUUAUUGUCAACCUGCGAAGCACAAAGACAAAUUGGAGAGACCUCACUGAAUGAAACAAGCUCUAGGUCCCAUCAAAUUCUUAGAUUGACAAUUGAAAGCUCUGCUCGCGAGUUUUUGGGGAAGGGCAACUCAACCACCCUUGCUGCUAGUGUGAACUUUGUCGAUUUGGCUGGAAGUGAGCGGGCAUCUCAAGCUUUAUCAGUUGGCCAGAGAUUGAAAGAAGGCUGCCAUAUAAAUCGUAGUUUGCUGACUCUGGGGACUGUCAUCCGCAAGCUAAGCAAAGGACGGCAUGGCCAUGUCAAUUACAGAGAUUCGAAGCUAACGCGUAUACUGCAGCCAGCCUUAGGAGGCAAUGCACGAACUGCUAUCAUUUGCACCUUGAGCCCAGCCAGAAGCCAUGUUGAGCAAUCAAGAAAUACACUUUUAUUUGCCAGCUGUGCGAAGGAAGUAUCAACCAAUGCACAGGUCAACGUAGUGAUGUCUGAUAAGGCAUUGGUAAAACAUCUGCAGAAAGAGGUAGCUAGGUUGGAGAGUGAGUUAAAAACUCCAGGAUCAAUGUGCGAUCAUGCAGUAUUGUUAAGAAAGAAAGAUAUGCAGAUUGAGAAGUUGGAGAAAGAGGUCCGAGAGCUGAAGAAGCAAUUAGAUAGUGCUCAUUCUCGAAUUGAGGAUUUAGUAAGUGCUGCUGAAAGCAAUCAGAGUUCACAAAAAUUCAAUGGAGUUCAUUCUGUUAAUGGAGACUUUAGGCGUAAUGGAAUGUUGGACCUACUGCUCCCAGAAAAAAGUGAGGAUCAUUGCUCAUCUGAUGAUCCAUCUUGUCCAAGUCAUGAAAUAGAGGAACUUCCAACAGGUGUUGAAGAAGAUUGUGAUGACAUCUGUAAGGAAGUUCGAUGUAUUGAGAUAGAUGAAGCUGGCAAAGAAAGAAGAUAUGAACCAUUUGGCCUCUCAACUGGCGAGGAUGAAGAAACACCCCAAACAUUGACAGAGCCUGAGAAUAGCCAUACUAUGCAACUGGGGAUAUUAUCUGCUGUACCUAGACCAGUCAGUGUCACAGAAAAUGGUUCUGAUGCAUUUGAGCAAACCUUUCAAGAUAUACAAAAGACCAUUGAUUCUAUGGUUGCACCUUACCCUGAUGGGUCAUCUCAUGGUGCCGCAUCAACUAGUAUUAGAAGCUUAAAAUUGACAAGAAGCCAGAGCUGUAGACCUAAUUUAAUUGGUGGCUCUCCUGACUUUGAGAUGGAUGAACAAAGUGAAAGAACGCCCCCCACUGUGUUGGAAAGGAACUUCAUAGGAAGACCAGAAGGCAGCUUCCUCAGGAAGCAAUGGAAACUUCCUCCAGUAAUAUAUGGUGCAAAUAGUGCGAGGCUGACCAGAAGUGAUUCUCAAUUCUCCGACUGUAGUAGUUACAUGGAUGAGAUGAAAAAUCAGAGCGGCAACCAUGGGGAUGAGGAUAUUCCCACUCUCGGUUCUUUUGUUGCAGGACUGAAGGAGAUGGCAAAGCUUCAAUAUGAAAACCAAGCUGGGGAUCAGGUUCGAGAGAUGGGAUGGAGAGAUGAAAACAAUGGCAGAGAUGUCACAGUGGAUCCAGCGCAUGAUUGGCCCCUGAAGUUUGAGAAGCUACAGAAAUUAAUUAUUGAACUGUGGCAAGCUUGCAAUGUUUCAUUAGUCCAUAGAACAUACUUUAUCCUCCUUGUUAAAGAUGACUUCACCGAUUCCAUUUAUAUGGAGGUAGAGCAUAGGAGACUAUCCUUCUUAAAGGAUACAUUUUCCAGGGGCAACUCAGCCAUACAAGAUGGCCGCACUCUCACAUUAGCAUCAAGCAAGAAAGCCCUGCACCGUGAGAGGGGGAUGCUGAGCAGGCUUAUGUAUAGAAGGUAUACUGAAGAUGAAAGAAAUAGAAUUUAUGAGGAUUGGGGUAUAAGUUUGAACUCAAAAAGGAGGAGGUUACAGUUGGUCCACCUUUUAUGGAGCGACCCUGAGAAUACAGACCAUGUCACAAAGAGUGCUGCAAUUGUUGCAAAGCUUAUUGGUUUCUCAGAAAAUGGGCUGGCCCUCAGGGAGAUGUUUGGACUGAGCUUCACACCUCCACGGAUGAGCCGGCGAUCCUUUACCUGGAAAAACAGUAUGUCAUCCCUUCUAUGAGGUUGUGGCCAGUGACAAGGUGACAACUUUUACUGGUGAAAUUAGAUAGUUUAACUUAACAUGUUUCUAGUGAUGACUUGGGUAGAGUUUUGACAGAGUUUUCUUGGGUGUUUUAACUGUUUCGAUUUUGAGUCUAUAUUAGGAUUGGUGAGGCUGUAGAUGGAACUGCGCCACCGGAUGGGCUUUGAUAUCAGGACUGUAAUCAAUUAUUCAGUUAUAUAGUACAGCGUACUUAAUGUUAUUUUCACUUGGAUGGACUCGUCUAUUUAAAAAUUUUCAUAUCAAGUUAUGUGAAAA